AUGGCGGCACAACUCAUGCCGACGAGCACGUUCGAGAAAAUCCAGCAGAUUCAAAUACACAAACCAAGGUUAUGGUCGAUAUCCUCGGUUCGCUUCGAGACCGCCAUCCUCAUUUCUCUUUCCACUAUCGUAUUCGGCUUGAUGCGAACUUCCCUAGGGAUGGCAAUGGUUGAUAUUGUUGAUCGAAAUGAAACGACUGAUCCUAUGUUCCAUAUGGAUUGGAACACCGAUGAGCAGGCCCGAAUACACACCUCAUUCUACAUCGGCGCAUUCGCUUCCGUAUUUCCCGCCGAGUAUUUAACACAAAAAUUCGGCGCCAAACAACUUAUCACCUAUGGGCUGCUCACCAACGCAAUCGGCUCAAUCGCCACAAUUUUCGUGGCGAUUUAUCUGCGCAGCUACAUUCCGGUGCUGGCGAUUCGUUUCAUAAUGGGUUUCGGAUUCGGCCUGAUGAUACCGGCCGGCGCAGUCCUCAUAACGAAAUGGUUUCCGAUGGACGAGAAAAGUACAGCGAUGGCGAUAUUCACAACCGGAAAUCAAGUCGGAAUCUCGGCUUCCCUGUUUCUCACCGCGAAACUCUGCCAGUUGCCUUAUUUCAACGGAUGGCCAUUCGCUUUUGGCUUAUACGGAAUUAUUGGAUUAUUGUUUCUGAUCGUUUGGGUCGUCAGAAUAGCUGACAAACCGCGCCAAUCGAAAUACAUCACCGCCACCGAAUUGAUGUACAUUCAAGGAGGAAAAGCGCGAAGAAAUCGCUCAAAUACUGUAGUUCGUCCAACUCCAUAUCGAAAAAUUUUGCUCAACGGCUGCGUGUUUGGUAUUUGCGCUUGCUCAUUCGCGCAGAGCUUCGUCAUCGUGGCUCUAAUCACAUAUCUUCCGAAAUUCAACCAAAUCGCCAUGAAAAUGAACAUGACCAAUAAUGGAAUCUGGUCUUCCCUUCCAUUCAUCGUCCAAAUGAUCACCAAACUAUUGUUCGCAGUAAUCGCUGAUCGCGUAAAACAGUGCAAUGUCGACGUGACUACCGUAACCAAGGCGUCAAACGCUUUGGCGAGUUUCGGCAGCGCGAUAUUCAUCAUCAUCGCUGCUUCAUUGCCUCUCGAAUACAUUCAGCUGAUUCAAAUUAGCAUCACCUGCUCGAUGGCGCUUUUCUCCGCUUACGUACCCGGCUACAACACCUCGAUAGUAACCGUGGCACCGCAGUUCACCGCUUUCAUUUCCGCUUACGGUCAGAUGUAUUCUCAGGUGGCGAGCACUUUGGCGCCGAUUCUUAUCGGCCGAAUCACCCGUCAUGAUACGGCGGAAGAAUGGAAAAUUGCGUUCUACAGUUUGGCCGGGAUUCUGAUAGUGACUGGAUUGAUAUUUCAGAUUUUCGGACAUGGUCGCACUGAAUCAUGGGGCGAGACUCCAUCCAACGCCACAUCUCUACGCUUAUCCACAUGCACCAUUAACGACGACGGCCAACGAAAGCUUAGCUUAUUGGAGCGGCACAACACGAAUCUCCUAAGCGAACCACAAAACGGCGUCGCGCGAAAGAAGGUCUCACGAGUCUCAUACGCCGACGAGGAGAUCGCACUUCCCGCGCGACUCGAAGACCUCGAGAAUGACGUCAUCGAGGAAGAAAACGGCGAAACAGCAUAA